CCAUGCCAUGACGCGCGCAGUUGGCUGAUACUGGAACGGUGCAUCUACCGAUGGUGGUGUCACCAGCGCCGGCCCUUACAAAUUCCAAGCACGCUGCUCGAGAAAGCAAGGAGGCGCUAGCGGAGCUCAAAACAAAGCUCGAGUUCGCACUGAGUCGACUCAAUGACCAGGAUACACAACGUACUGGCAUUGAAGAGAUUCGCGAAUUCCUCCAGACGCUGUACCCGGACUGGUUCCCCAUGGUUAUCGCGUGCAUUGGUGAGGCGGGCACAAAUUUAAAGCCGCUGGGCCGCUGCGAAAGCGUAAAACUGCUUGGCCUCUUGGCGGAGCUCCAUGGAGAUGCAGUCAUUCCACUCUUGCAGCGAAUGCUCCAAGUUGUGCUGACGCGCCUCCAGGAUGCUGACUUGCAUUUGCGAGAAGCAUGCGCUGAGACUGUCUUCAGGCUAACGCGCUCACUUGUCGUAGAUGCAGAUGGUUCACCCGUGUUUGCAACGCUCCUGAAGCCACUUUUCGCGGCUUUGACGGAGCACAACAAAUGGGUACAAAUUGGAGCUGCAUCGUGCAUUUGCGCAGUGAUCCAGGGUUCUCCACCGGCUGUGCUAUCUGAAAACCUUCAACGUUUGUGUUCGCGAUUGGUGCAGCAUUUAAGUCUUCCACUGGCAAUGGCCCGUCCCCAACUCUUGAGCGCGUGCAUACAUGUCAUGCAGGCUGUCAGUUUAUCGGAGUUUGACGAUGUGUUGCCGUCCUUGAUGCCAUGCCUGGAGAUAUGCUUGAACUCAACAGCAGACUGGCAGACUAGGAAACAGGCAGUGGAGGUCUUGCAGGCUCUUGGAGAUCAACUGGAGCUGGGGCAGUCGUUGCAAAUUCCCCUGCCAGUUGAUCCGUCGGUUCACCCAACUCCUUUCCAGAAGAAGCUGUCCACAAUGAUGGACAGCCUGCGGGAGGACAAGGUGAGAGCUGUGCGGGAAGCAGCAAAAGAUGUGCUGGUGCGCUGGUGCAUCACCAAGGCUGCGCCGUCUUCUGUUUCAGUUGGUUCCGGAGGAGAGAGGGCUGAAAAGCCUCUACGCUCUAGCAGCCCUUGUGCAGCGCAGUUUGCUCCUGAGCGCGAGGCUCAGGGUGGUCAGCCUGGCCUGAGUGGCCUGAGAGUAUCUGUAUCCGUGCCUGGAAGGUCGACGAGCCCCGGCCCAGCGUCUUGGGAUCGCGAUCAGGCCAGACUUAAUGAGUCGACGACAGGAGGUGGAAGAGCUCGCAAUGUUCGGCCUCCACCUCGAGAACGAGACUCGGGCCACAUGGAGGAAGAACGAUCAUUCGACCGAAUGGAAGAGAGGAGGUGUAGUGAUGCUGCAGCGGAGAAGGCUGCUCGCAAUAUUGCGGUCAAGAAUGCGCUGAGCAAUGCUGAUCUCAGCAGCACCAAAAAGCCCAGGCCGAAGCGUGAACGGGUGUCGAUCUUCAGCGGACCAGCUAACUCGAGCUUUUUCCAAUCAGCCAACCAACAUACCUCAACUACUGGCGCGGAUGAUGUCGAAGAUGUUGUCAUCAUGCCAUCUCCUCAAGAGGACCGACUGCUGAGCUCUGGAGGAAGUGCUGAGAUUGAACGCUCAGGCAGUAUCCACAAUUUGGAGCAAAACGAGGAAAGCUCUCGCAAAGUUUCCGAAAGAUCCGAGGAGGAAGAAGGUAUGGAAGGCAAGAUGUCGUUGGAAGAUGUCUGCCCAGCCAAGGCGCCCGAGGCUGGUAAGGCAGAACAUCUUGGUGGCGUGGAGGUGGACAUUGGUGGAUUUGGCGAGGAGGAUAUGGCGCCGCUCGCAUCCAGAUUCCCAAGGAGAUUGAACCAGGGAGAGGGCAGAGCCAAAAGACAGCCUCGAGACGUAAGGAAGCCCUUGAGACAAGCACAAAAGAAGAUAGAGGUGGAGGCUGCUUUUGACAAUGCUGACUCACCAACUGAAGGCAAGCCCGAUGCUGAAGACUCCCCAGGUGCGAGAAUUGACGAGCCACCUUCACCGCUUCAGAUGGCUAUGGGUGUCGGGCCGACAUCUUCUAGAGCUUCAGAAGAGCUGCACGACGAGAAGUGUGCGAUGGCAGCCGAAACAGGAAGUGCCAGUCCAGCUCCAGCAUCUUGGACGUGGGAUGAGCCGCACAGACCUGAACCUUUCGCUUCGCCAUCAGUGUCUCCUCAGAGGCUUGCAGCUGCAGACGAGGAGCUGGAAGCACUGCUGGCCCAAGUACAGUCAUUGACACAACGAGUGCUCUCAUUGGAGGAGGACAAGCAUCGAUCUGAGCGGCGAAUGACAGAAAGGCUCCAACAACUGGCGCGGACCUGUGAAGGUCAAGGCGAGCUUAUCGCUGCACAACAGCGGCGAUUGGAAGCACAGGAGCAGCAAAUGCAAAUGCUGGAAGAACGAGUCGCCCAGCAAGAUGACGAGCUUGCCCAGAUGGACCAGCAGCUUCAAGAACAGCAACUGCAGCUGCAGCAGCAGGAUCAACGGUUGGAGCAAGAUGACCAGCAGCUCAACGAGCAUCAGCAACAGCUCGAACAACAGGAACAGGACCUGGAGAAGCACACGGUACUCUUCCGCGAAAUCCUGAACCAUUCUGCGUCCUCGGCGAGUAGCGUGAGACAGAAGGCAUGGGCUGAAGAGGAUGCUCAGGAAAAAGCAGAGGAUCCUGCCCCCAGCAGGUGGGCACAAUCCGAAGCUUGGGAAGGUGCAGAGGUUCCUAGGGCCCCGAAUCCUUCGCCAGCGAACGCUGCGAUAAUUGGAGCUGGCGGCGCUCUUGCCGGAAGCAGCAGCGAACGUCCACUUGCCUUGCCAGGUCGAGCGAAGGUCGACACAGCUUCAGCGAAACCUUCUGCAACUCCGAAGCCAGGAGGGCAACUGUGGGACUCCAUAGUGGAACUUUGUGCUGAGCGCCGCUUUCUGGAGGCCUACAAACAGGUUAUUGCUGAGCCUGAGGAGACUUGUUUGCUUCGUUUAAUGAAACACACCGGUCCCAUAGUGGAUCGACUUGACGCUGAGAGCAACUCACGUUUGAUCCGGAGACUGAUACACAUUCUGUCGUCCCCUUCAAAGGAGUCAGCUGCAGCCAAUAUUGAGCAAAUCUUCUCAUGGCUAUGGCAGGCACUCAACCAGGGCAUUCACUUCACCGCUUCGCAAGUGGAGGAUCUCGUGUCUGCACUGCAGAAGGUCUCAUCUGCCCAGUCUCCGCUCAGCGGGCCAGAAAAGGCGGAAGCCACGCAGCUUUUGCAGAAGGUCUCCACCCACCGGCGAUCCUAGAGCUGAGAAUGGUAGGCUCUUUUACAAGAAUCAGACAGCUGGGGUUGCCAGGAACAAUC